AUGUCGCAAUGCCUAUAUUUCGUUGCAAGUCAAAUGGAUAUUGCGAAUAAUAAUGAUGAGAAUUCCAACCUUAUUGUGAUGGAUGAAUUCGUUGAGGAUUCAUAUGAUGCCAAACAAAUUCUAUUGAAAUCAAUAAUUGCUGAAGUUAGGAAGAAAAUGUUCGAGAAGUAUGAAAAAUUAAAGAUAUGUGACCUGGAAACAGCAAACACUCGCAUUUCGUGGUAG